AACGGCAGGAUCGUGAAACACACUCAUACAGACAACAAACACACCGCUGAUCGCCAGGAGAGCUGCUGCUGUUACCCCGUACUUGAAUCCUGUCAUCGGGGUCAACUUCUCUGUGCAUCUCAUGUCCGCCAAAGUACAUGGCGAGCUACCGGACAAACUGGUAACAGCGGGAAAGCCAUUCUUACGGAGCUGUGUCUCGUUUGGUCAGAUGUCCUGUAAGAAGUGGCUGCUGGUUUGUUUCCUGGUUCCAGGAAUUGCUUUAAUGAUUUACCUCGGCCACAGCCCUUUGACGAAACCCUGGCAUCACGCAUCAGUGCAGAGAGAAGCACAAAGACCAAACGCAGACUCUCCAAACACUGAAGAAGAUCCUGGGUUGUACCAUGUUGCCUACCCUCGAAAUUACAAAUUCAUCAUAAACCAACCGGGGAUAUGUGAAGAGCGAAAACCCUACGUGGUGAUAAUUGUCCCUGUGCCACCUCAUGAUUUUAAUGCACGCAAUGGAAUCAGGAACACAUGGGCCGGAGAAAAGGUUGUUGAGGGCAAAGAGGUGCUUGUUCUGUUUAUUUUGGGCUUACAUAGUGGAGAUGAUGAAGAAACGUUGCAGGAGCAACUGCGUAACGAGAGCCAGCAAUACAAAGACCUUCUGCAGAGCAACUUCCAGGACAGCUACAGGAACCUGACCAUUAAAACCAUGAUGAUGAUGGAGUGGCUCAGCAGGGAUUGUCAACAGGCGUCUUACGCAGUAAAAGUGGACGCUGAUGUGCUCCUCAAUGUGAACAACCUAAUCAAUAUGCUUGUGAGUCUAAACACAGUGCAGAGCAACUACAUGACUGGGUUAGUGUGGGAUGCUAGUCCUGUCAUUCGAGAUUCCUCCAACAAGUUUUUCCUCCCCUACGAUGUUUACCCUAAAUACGCAUAUCCUCCUUAUCCUCUGGGCAUGUGUUACAUCAUUUCUUUGGACCUGCCUCAAAAGUUUCUCAAGGAGUCGAAGAAAAUUAAGCCUCUAUAUAUUGAAGAUGCGUAUCUAGGAAUGUGUUUGGAGCAUUUAGGUAUCGCCCCUGUCAAACCUCCAAACAUGGAUCAGUUUGUGGUAAAGCCACCGCAAUACAAUCGCUGUUACUUUUCCCGACUCAUAGCAGUACUGACUGAUAACACAAAUCAGAUGACCUCUUUUUGGACGGAUAUUCAUUUGACCAGCAGCCCUUGCUGAGCUGGGAAUCUUACUAAAUAGUAGGCUAUAUUGCAAUAUGAUAUUAUGUUUGGUUGUGUGUCUUUUAUGCCUGUGUGUGUAUGUGAACGAAACGGUUUGGUUUAUCAUGACAAGUAUUAAUUGUGGUUCCCCUGCACAAG